AUGUCUGAACAGAAUACCAAACAAUUUCCUGGCCCACGUGUUAUGUAUGAGACCACAACACUGGCUGGAAUACCGAGAGAGAGCAGCAAAAUAAUACUCAACAAGCCAGUUGCCCCCUUUGGGAUCAGCGAAAGAAAUUACUCAUCGCUUACCAAACUACUUAGAGUGAGCGCUUGGGCCUUGCGGUUUAUCCGAAAACUACAGAAGAAGAGCACAACCAAAGAACAGCUUACAUCAGACGAAAUAAGUCAAGCAAAAGUCAUGUGGGAGAAGUAUGUCCAAAAGAGUGCAUUUACACCAGAAAUCAAUACAGUCAAAAAAAAUUCAAGAAACAAUCUGACGAACCAAUUGGGCCUACAGUUGGAUGAACACGGAGUACUAAGGUGCCAUGGUAGAUUAAUCAGUGAAAACCUCCCAGAACACACUGCGUUCCCAAAACUCCUUCCUAGGAACCAUGUCUUCACAAGCUUAGUCAUCAACGGCUUCCAUGAAAAGCUGAUGCAUGCCGAUGCAUCUCACACUUUAGCAGCUACCAGAAGAGAGUUCUGGAUUCCACAAGGAAGAGCAACUGUACGAAGAGUUCUACUCAAAUGCUUGAGAUGUGGACUAUAUCAAGGAGGACCACACAGAAUGCCCGCAAUGGCUCCCUAUCCACGAUCACGAAUACAAGAAUCUCCAUCCUUUACAUACACUUGUCUUGACUAUCUUGAACCCUUGUAUGUGAAAGUCAGUCGGCCUUCAGCAACCCAAAAAGUCUGGUUGUGUCUGUUUACUUGUUUAGCUGUUAGGGCUAUUCACCUUUUGUCAAUCCAGUUGUGUAUGCAAUGA